AUGAUUGUUUAUUUAAACACAAUAAGAAAACACUUAGAAGAUUAUCAAUUAGAACUUAAAUGUCUUGAGUCGAUUUAUUCAUUAUUAUUAUUAGUUAAUGUAAAUAAAAUUCGUUAUGAAUAUAAACAAAAACUGGAUGAUUAUAAAACAUUAGUCAAUGAUGUUGAACAAUUUCGAUUAAUUAUUGAAAAAAUUAAAAACGAUGAUUCAUGA